AUGUUUGCUGAGGAAACAUGCAACACAACAGCUUGCAAGCUUGCUUCAGUGUCCAUUUUGUCACAACUAAAUCGAACAUUCGAUCCAUGUACUGAUUUUUAUUCGCAUGUUUGUGGCAAUUAUCCUGCUCAUCAUCCACUUGACAAUAACGAAUGGACCAAUUCGUUCUCUGAACGUCAAAAACUUGUAAUCAAAGAAAUUGAUGAAGCAUUCCUUAAUGCCAAAUCUAAAUCAAAAUCGAAAUCAAUUCAUUUUGUGUCAGAAUACUACUCUGAUUGUAUGAACGCACAGGAAGAAAAAACCAAGGCAACUAACAUGGUGAAUGAAAUUCGCUCAUCGUUUCGAAUUAAUUUGCAAACAAACAAUUGGUUGGAUUCGGAGACUGCAAAACAUGCUAUUGAAAAACUAGAUGCUAUUCAGCAUUUUGUUGGUUUUGACGAGUGGAUUCUCUCCGAUGAAUUGAUUGACAAGCACAGCAAUGUGAUACAAAAUAAUGAAACAUAUCAAAAAGGAAAGUUUUUAGAAACUUUUAUUAAUUUUAGUGUUCGAAGUAGAAAAGAUAAUUUAGAAAAUCACCCACCAUAUCAAGAUCCCAAGUUAAGAAACUUUGUGAAUCCUCUGAUUGUAAAUGCAUUUUACAGCCGAUCCAUCAAUAGUAUUUUUAUUCCAGCUGCCAUUCUUCAACCGCCAUUCUUUGAUCAUGAGUUACCUUGGUCUGCUAAUUAUGGUUCAAUUGGCGCUAUUAUCGGUCACGAGUUGACACAUGGAUUUGAUGCAGAGGGAAGAAAGUAUGAUUUGCAUGGAAACUUCUCCAAUUGGUGGACAAAUGCCACUCUUACAAAGUUUUUAAAUAAAACAAAGUGCAUUCAAGAGCAGUAUGGACAAAUCCACGACCCGGUAGCUGAUAAAAAUAUCAAUGGAGUUCAAACAUUAUCUGAAAAUAUUGCUGACAACGGAGCAAUAAAAAACAGCUAUGCGGCUUAUCAAGCCCAUUUGAAAAAGUAUAAAGAUGCUAAAGUUUUGCCCAACUUGUCGUAUAAUUCUGAACAGUUAUUUUUUGUUUUCUACGGAAACCUUUGGUGUGAAAAUAUAAGUGCCAAACGCUUAAGAGCACUCAUCGGUGGAGACGGGCAUUCACCAAAUAAAUAUCGAACCAACGUUGUUCUGGGUAACUUUGAACCUUUUGCGAAAGCUUUCAACUGUCCACUUGGAUCUAAAAUGAACCCAACAAGUAAAUGUUCUGUCUGGUAA